AUGACCCUUCAUGAGAAGGGCUUCCGCCAUAUUGACGGUGUCGAUCCCUCGCAAGGCAUGCUGGACGUGGCGAGAACAAAAGGCGUCUACAACAAUCUCAUCUGCUCUUACGUCGGCGUGGAAGGUUCCAGGUUGCCUUUCGAAGACGAUACAUACGACGCUGUGACACUUUGCGGAGGCAUGGGACAGAACAUGAUGCCGUGUGCUGGAGUCUAUGAAAUGAUCCGAGUCGUCAAACCAGGAGGCUACGUGGUGAACUUGUUCCGGGAAGAGAUCCUGCUGUCUGUGGAGGAGUACAUGGACCGCCUGGAGCCGCUGAUGGAGAGCCUGGAGACUCAGGGCAAGUGGAAGCGGCUGUCACGUGAGAGGUACCCCGAGUACCAGGUGGACCGGGUGGGCAUCAUCAAUGUUCACCAGGUGUGCUGAUUGCACAAACGCUGACUGCCAUCUGGCACCGAAGUGACCGCAUACAAAUUAGGAUUACUAUUAUCAUCGGCUAGCUGUUAGGAUGUAUUAGGUCCAGAAAUCAAAAUGUUACCGGGGGGAAAAACGCAUUUCAUUCAUUUAUCACUUGCUCCUUCUUUACAUUUUGGGGUUUGGUUUAAGAUUGCUUUUUCUUUGCGGAGGGAGGGGGGUCUUUUGUUCUUGGCAAAUUCCAAGAUCAACGUAAUGGGAACAUUUAUUUUCCAGAAAUGAUAAUGAAAUGCCAUGGUCAGAGCCAGUCUUUUAGCCACAAUAUGGCUAUCACUAAAGUGUCAAAGGACCUCAGGAUCCACCCUAACUGUAGGUUUCAGCACGUUUUUGCUACAAGGGGGGUGGAUUUAAAAGUACACAAAGUAACUUAUUGAAAUUUGGUGUGUGUAUUUGACCGGUUGAUUCCUUUAGCUAAGUUGUAAAGGGUUGUUGUUGUUUUUCCAUCAGUUUGAUGGGGUUUUUAAUUUUCAUGAUCAAAAUUCAAACUUACUUCUCAGGAAAUCAUUAGCCUUGCUGCAGAAAGGAAAUGAUAAUUGGCUUCCUCCUUUGUGCUUAUUCAUCCCCAUCUUUUCUUUCAUUAAGUUUUACGUGGAUGUGUUCAGCAAUUGUAAGAGAUACACGUUGCUUUUCCACAUCUGAUCUACUGCGAAGACAAUUGAGAACUAGAUUUAUUACAGAUACGAGUAGCUCGAUUCGAUUUUGACGUUGGAUGCCAUUGAUGCAUUCAGUGCCAGCACUCUGCAUUAGUUCAGUUAACGUGGUGUCUCUUUUCUCCAUAAUAUCAUAACGUAGGCCUAUGCCUCGAUUAAUGCUGUCGUGUAUUUGUCUCAGGUCAAUAAAAAUUAUCCUUUCAUCAA